AUGGCAAAUUUUGGCUUAUCAGCACUGGUAUCACCAGUGCUAACUGCAGUACUUGUAGCAUACCAACUGAUGCACGCUGACUCUCACCCAACUCACUCUAUCAUCGCUCUGGCCACACCACCGGCCUCCUCGCGAACAUCCAAACGUGAACGGAGUGAUUUACCUCAACUCGCCGAUGCAGGCAAAGAAAAUAUUUUCGGCGGUGCUCAAAACCCAGCCGACUUGACAUCCCCAGGCUACCUCCCGCCCACUUUCCUUCGAAUCACAUCAUGGGGCGCAUCAUUCAUCGUCGAAGCCCUUCAUCGUUUUCACGAUGCAGACACCCAGAAAGAUCGAGGGAUUGGACUUCAACAAGUGACAUCUUCUCAAGUCGGCUCCUCUUAUGUUCUCUGUCGCGAACUAAUCCUAAUCCCUCGCAAGCCGGCCCAUGUCAAUCCUAAAUACCUUCUGACAGUCAAUUUUGCGUAUAACGAGACCGAUGCCUGA